AUGUAAGUAAAUUACGAAGCAAUCAUUGAUGGUAACUUGUUUAUUAAUUGAGUAGAAGCUAAAAACAAAAUGAUGAAAUGGUAAGAAAUAAAUGAACAAAACAUGUGGGAAUUGUUUUCAAAUAAGGAAGGGUAUGUGGUGUACACUAAGAAGAAUCCAGAAAAUGGAAUCAAUAUGAAUAGAUCCCAAACUGAAAUUGCCAGAACACCUGAGUAAAUUUUAGAUUUAGUGGCUGAUGUAAAUAAAAGGCCUUUGUAUGAUGAAAAAGUGGAAACAGUAAAUUUUUAAUUUGAUGUUAUUAGGCUCAUGUUAUUGAAUAAAUUGAUGCUAAUACAAGAAUUAUUUAUGUGAGAAUCAAACCUCCCAUUCCAUUUAUGAGCAGCAGAGAUUUAGUUAUGGUUCAAAAGGUUUAUAAAUAGAAUGAUGGAGUUUACAUUGUUUGCUGUACUCAAUAUUAUAAUAUAAUUAGCUAAAUCAAUUAUUCAUUAAAAAACCCCACCAAUUAAUAAAGUAGAAAGGGCAGAAAUGCAUUUAAGUGGCUGGAUUAUAAUACCAUAACCAAAUCAAAUGACCAAGAUUGUGACCAUCUAAUGUUUCGAUCCACGUGGAGAUGUCCCUACAUCAGUAACUAAUCAAUAUGCUAAACUUCAAACAGACAUGAUGAAGGCUGCGAUCAAAUAUAUUGCACUGAAUUACAAAUGAUUCACAUAUUAAGU